AUGUCGAACACUCCGACCCAGACGUAUCAGUUCCCCAGCAAGACCGUCAAGACCGACUACCCUCUCAUCGAUAAUGACCCUCACUUCACGCGUGUGAUUCGCUAUGCUCGGCCGUCCGACUACGCCCACGGUCUCGCCGCUGCCGCCGCUGGCCCAGCUGCGCUCUGGCUGAUGGAGAGGAUUUCUCCCUCGCAGGUCGGCAGGGGCGGUUUCGCUAAGGCCAUGCGUCUAGCCGGAUUCAUCGGUCUGGCCGGCGGCUUCCUCUAUUUUUACCAGCGCUCCAUCCUCCGGUUCUACGGCAUGUCCGAGAAUGCCCGGGAAGUUGAGAUGGACAUGCGCGAGAUGACCGACCGUGUCAAGGCUGGCCUGCCACUGUACGGCGAAAGCAGGCUGAGCCCCGCCAUGCAGGGUGUCGCCGCCCGCCAGUCCCGCUACUCGGCACUCUUCUUCGGCGUCAUGCCCUGGUUUAACUUUGUCAACCACAACCAGCACGGCGUCGACACUGCCAAGUACUACCAGCAGGCUGAGAGGGAACUGGAGGCUGAGCGCUUGGCCAGGGAACAGGCGCAACAAUAA